CUUCACUUGACCGUAGCGGGGCUUGCUACUCGCGUGAUGUGGCUAAGCUAGCUGUCGCUCACUUAUCCGCCGGAUGUUCCCGGGCACACGUCGUUGUCGUCCGUCUUGAUAUUCCCCUCAAACAUUCCCGGACGAAUUCGUGUCGACUGACCAGAGUCCGCGAAUUCCCGUCCGACUCCCCGGUGCCGGUCGUCGAUUUUUUUCCCUCCCCUCCCCGCCAUCGUCCCUAGAGCUGCUUAGCUUACCGGCUAACUUGAGUACCGAGAGCCGAGGAUCAGACGAGCCCCGAAUUGAAGGACCACACCCUGAGAAGAUGUCCCUUCAUCAGUUUCUGCUGGAGCCCAUCACCUGCCACGCAUGGAACCGCGACAGGACACAGAUUGCUAUCAGCCCCAACAACCAUGAAGUUCAUAUUUAUAAGAAGAGCAGCAACCAGUGGAUUAAGACACAUGAGCUGAAGGAGCACAACGGACACAUUACAGGCAUCGACUGGGCCCCCAAGAGCGACCGCAUCGUGACGUGCGGCGCCGACCGCAACGCUUACGUGUGGUCGCAGAAGGAGGGCGUGUGGAAGCCCACGCUCGUCAUCCUCAGGAUCAACAGGGCCGCCACCUUUGUGAAAUGGUCCCCGCUGGAGAACAAGUUUGCGGUGGGCAGCGGCGCGCGCCUCAUCUCUGUCUGCUACUUUGAGUCAGAGAACGACUGGUGGGUGAGCAAGCACAUCAAGAAGCCCAUCCGCUCCACCGUCCUCAGCCUGGACUGGCACCCCAACAACGUGCUGCUGGCCGCCGGAUCGUGCGACUUCAAGUGCAGGGUCUUCUCGGCCUACAUUAAGGAGGUGGAGGAAAAGCCGGGCCCGACGCCUUGGGGCAGCAAGAUGCCUUUUGGAGCCGUCCUGGCAGAAUUUGGUGGAGCAGGUCUCGCCCCCCCCCCCCCGUCAGAUGUCCGUUUUUGCGUGGGUUUGCGAAACAACAUUUGCGCCUGUCGUGCUCGUUUAGGAGGAGGAGGUUGGGUCCACUCGGUGUCCUUCUCGGCUUCGGGCAACCGCCUGGCGUGGGUCAGCCAUGACAGCACGCUCACCGUGGUGGAAAGCUCCAAGACGGCCAGUCCUUUGCAGCUGAAGACGGAGUUCUUGCCUCUCCUCAGCGUCUGCUUCGUGUCCGAGAACAGCCUGGUGGCCGCCGGCCACGACUGCUGCCCUGUGCUGUUCCGCUGCGACGACGGCGGCGCGCUGACCUUGGUGUCCAAGCUGGACCUGCCCAAGCAGAGCAUCCAGAGGAACAUCUCGGCCAUGGAGCGCUUCCGCAACAUGGACAAGAGGGCCACCGCCGAGGACCGCAACACCGCGCUGGACACGCUGCACCAGAACAGCAUCACCCAAGUGUCGAUCUACGAGGGAGACAAAAGGGACUGUCGCAAGUUCUGCACCACCGGCAUCGAUGGCGCCAUGACCAUCUGGGACUUUAAGAGCCUAGAAGCAUCUAUCCAGGGUCUGCGCAUCAUGUGAAGACAUUUUGUGGACGCAAAACAAAAUGGAGACAUCGUGACCUCGCCUACACUCGCCCGACAGUAACACACAUGCGCACCUUUUCGAGUGUUUGCCGAAGCACUGAGCAGGCCGUAACACACACCCACACACGCACACACACACACUGAACUGACGUGUGACAUCACUGUUGAUUUUUCUUGAGUUGCUGCCGUUUGAUUUUAAAUGAAGUUGUGAAAGGAAGGGAGAAGGUUCCGUAUUAUUAAAAAGUGUGACUCGUGUGUCUUUUAUGUUCUCGACCCUCUUCCAAAGUUCAACACUAAGCUAAGUUUUAUCACACACAAAAAGAUAUGAAUAAAAGUCAGACCGAAUAUCACCACGGCAGAGCCUCCGCGCAAAUAUAUCAGCGUGGCGUCGAGGUGACGGACAUUUUCUCUCACUCGCGUCGCCAUGGCGACUAGUUGCUCCGAGCUCAAGCACGAUGGAGGCUGUCUGUAUCAAGCCAGUUGAAAUAAAGUUCAGAUGCAUUUACACCAUG